AUGCGCGUCGCCCUCAUCCCGAUCGCCCUCCUCUCGGCCGUCGCCCUCGUCGUCGGGCAGCAAGUCACGCCGCCGCCGACGCUCGUCCAGUGCGCAGAGGCGGCGCUCACACUGCAAGGCGGCGUCGCGCCCUACACCGUCUCGAUCCUUCCUGGCGCGCAGCUGUCCGGCAACCCGCUCGAGGUCCUGCCGCCCGUUACGGCGCCCGGAACGGUCACCUGGCUCGUAGACAUCGCCGAGGGGCAACGUGUCACGUUCGCGAUCGAGGACGCCGACGGCACGGUCGGGUACAGCGCGCCGGUCGAGAUCGUCGAGGGCGACAGCUCGGAUUGCAUCGGCGCCAACGCUUCAUCUCGCCCAGCAUCGCUCGUGCCGUCGUCGACCGGCUCGCUCAGCGCCACCUCGCUCUCGUCCUCGUUCACCGUCAACCCGACCUCGACACUUUCUCUCGAAACGACGACGACUCUGUCCGCCUCGACCGACGUCGCUUGUCCCCUCCCGAACCCGCUCCUCCCGCCCUCGAUCCCCUCAUCCUUCGACGAACCCGAGCCGACUACUGCGACUUCGACGGCGACGGGCGGGCGCGGGACGGUCGUCGUCGUGCGCGCUGAUUCGGCGGCGAGCAGGGGUGGAAGCAGAUCCGCCUUGACCGUCGUCGGUGUCGUGCUCGCGGCGUGCCUCGUCUGA